AUGUCAUAUUUAGACAACCGUUACGGUUGUUUUUUUUCUGAUGAAGCUAUUCUUGAUUAUGAAGAUUUACUCGAUAGAAUAAAAACGGCUGUACCGUAUAUACAAAGUAUUCCAAGCGAACGCAUUCGUAUUGCGUACAAAGAUGUCACACUUUCGUCUGGUGCGGGGCAAAAUGAAGGUGUGUUCAUAAAUAUUUUGCCUGGAAACCCAAUGGUUCUCGGAGAAGCAUUUAGAAAUGCUUAUGAUUGUGGUGCCGAAUCGUUCAAAAGGAUUGAAAUUAAAUUGCGUGAGGUAGAUUCUCCGUAUGUUGCGAAAAUGAAAAAGCAAAACACAAACACGACAGCAGCUUCGAGGUACAACACAACAGAACAGCAGAGUAGUAAAGAACUGUUUCCGGAGACAAAGCAGGAUUGGAAGAUAAGUAAGUUGGAAGACAUGAGCGAUCAUGCUCAACAAUUACAAGACGAAUUAGUUGCCGUAGAUAUUCAGCUAGAAGAACUAAGACGACCCGUUAUUGAGCCUCCCCAACUUGGACAGUACAAAUCUAUUGUCUGUGGCAAAUGUCAUAUUCGUGGCCACCGAGCUGAAGGUAACAGACAUAACGCAGCGUGUAUGAGAGAAGUUUGUACUUCGUAUUAUACUUGCGGACAAAAUAAGAAGCAUCCUGAACAUUUUGAGCAAAUAAGGAACCUAACCAAAAAACGAAAGCAAUUAAAUUCGGAAGUCGAGACAUUGAGCACCAACAAAAGAAGUUUAGAAGCCUUUCAGUCAAAGUCUGUGUCCGCUUUUGUUACGACAAUAACUCCUCGUCUUUUAAAGGCGUUCCCAGACCGGUACAACACAACAACUACAUCUGGAAAAAUAUUACUUCAGAAAGAUCUGGCUACUCUAAGGAUCGCGUGUAACAAUAAAAUACCCAUCCCUUCAAUGAACGAAAGGGAAUAUUUUACAGAACUUCUUGAGAAUCAGCAAAAGCUAGUUACUGCAAGUGAUUUAAACUUCGACGCUCGCGCGGCAAGUACUUCUCAAAUCAACAUUAACACUCACAUUUCUUCGCCAGUAAGUGAGAAAGCAAAGCGUCAUAAAACGAAAACAGUAGCAAUGCCAGUGGAAAUCUCGUCUUCGGACGACCAUUCUACUGACAGUUCUGAUACCAGCAGCGACGACAGCGAAUCAUUCGACGAAGGAAAGCGAUCAAAAUCUCGGCGCACAAAAAAACAUCGCCGUAAAUAUAAAAGACAUGACCAUUGGGGCAAGAAAAAGCGUAGUUAUCGGUUGCAAAAAGUAAGUAACGAGUACACCGGUAAUGAGAAUUUUAAAAUAGACAAUAGUCAAGAAAAACAAACCGUGUCUAUAAAUCAAUCAACUAAUAACCGUAGAUUAUUGCCAUAUUCAAAUAUUUUGCAAGGGGCUAUACCUUCGGAUUUUGGAAUCUUUGAAAUUGGCGAGUCAAACUCCCACCAGCUUGAGUACGGUACAUCAACGAAGAAAGACAGGCAAUCCGAACAAAACUUUGUUACCGAUUAUAGCACUUCGACUUUAGACGAUUUAGCAAAUGCUGCAGAGCAAAUCGACAAUCGUACUUGUUUUACUAUAGAUUAA